AUGGCAUCGUCGCACCGCUACGACUGGAAAUCCAGCUGCGAGACGUGGAGCGUGGCCUUCUCCCCCGACGGCGCCUGGUUCGCCUGGUCGCAGGGGCACUGCGUGGUCAAGCUCAUCCCCUGGCCCCUGGAGGAGGCCGAGCUCUGCAAAACCUCGGAGCGAAAGAGCCGGGGUGGCAAAGCGGAGGCCAGGAGCCGAGGGGUGGCCAAGGAGAAGACGCUGGAGUGCGGCCAGAUCGUGUGGGGCUUGGCCUUCAGCGCCUGGCCGGCGGCAGGAGCCGGGGAGACGGACCCGGCCUGCGCCGUGGGGCUUCCCUGCCUGAUCCUGGCCACCGGGCUCAACGAUGGCCACAUCAAGGUGUGGGAGGUGCAGACAGGACACCUCCUCUUCAGCCUCUUGGGGCACCAGGACGUGGUCAGAGACCUGAGCUUCGCUCCCAAUGGAAGCCUCAUCCUUGUGUCGGCCUCGCGGGACAAGACCUUGCGUGUCUGGGACCUGAGCAGAGAUGGGCGGCAGGUCCAGGUGCUGUCGGGCCACGUGCAGUGGGUCUACUGCUGCUCCAUCUCCCCAGACUGCAGCAUGCUCUGCUCCGUGGCCGGAGAGAAGUCGGCGCUGCUGUGGAGCAUGCGAUCCUACACCCUCAUCCGGAGGCUGGAGGGGCACCAGAGCAGUGUGGUGUCGUGCGACUUCUCGCCGGACUCGGCGCUCCUCGUCACCGCCUCCUACGAUGCCUGCGUCAUCAUGUGGGACCCAUACACCGGGGAGCAGCUGAGGACGCUGCGCCACGUCCCCUUGCACUCGGCGCUGGAUUACAGCAGCGAAGUCCACACCAGCUCCCUGCGCUCCGUCUGCUUCUCCCCUGAGGGCCUCUACCUGGCCACGGUGGCGGAUGACAGGCUCUUGAGGAUCUGGGCGUUGGAGCUGCGGUCUCCGGUGGCGUUUGCUCCCAUGACCAACGGCCUGUGCUGCAUGUACUUUCCACAUGGCGGUUUCAUCGCCACAGGGACCAGAGAUGGCCACGUCCAAUUUUGGACCGCUCCGAGGGUCCUCUCGUCACUAAAGCACUUGUGUCGCAAAGCUCUGCGCACCUUCCUCACAACGUACCAGGUCCUCGCGCUCCCCAUUCCCAGGAAGCUGAAGGAAUUCCUCACUUACCGGACCUUUUAAGGCAGAAUGGAAAGCGGAGGCACGGAGGCGAAAGCCC